UUUCUAAUCCCAUUAUCUCAGUCCCAACUAAUCCAUUAGAAACACCCCCUUUGAGUCAUACACACACAUGCUUUACCCUACAUAUUACUGGUACCAUAUUUAUUCUCAUUAUAACAAAGUAAUUCCAAGAUGUCAGACCUACAGGACACUUUUUUGACUGGAUUAGAAGGAAUCAAGAAAACCAUUCUUCAUGGGGGAUCAGGGAACAUCCCCAAAUUCAUCACAGGAACAAAGGUGACGUUCCACUUCCGCACUCAGCUGUGCGAUGAUGAACGGACAGUCAUAGAUGACAGCAAAGCGGUGGGGACGCCUAUGGAGAUCGUCAUAGGCAACAUGUUUAAACUAGACAUCUGGGAGACACUGCUGGCCUCCAUGAGAAUCGGAGAGGUGGCAGAGUUCUGGUGUGACACCAUUCACACUGGAAUCUAUCCACUAGUCUCCAAAAGUAUGCGACGUAUAGCUGAGGGGAAAGACCCAGUGGACUGGCAGCUCCACACAUGCGGUAUGGCCAACAUGAUGGCAUACCACAGCCUUGGAUAUGAUGACCUGGAUGAGCUGAUGAAGGAACCAAAACCCUUAUAUUUCAUUCUGGAGCUGAUCAGGGUGCAGCAGCCCAGUGAAUACAACAGGGAAUCGUGGGCUCUGAACGACGAGGAGAGACUGAAGGUCGUUCCAGUGCUGCACGGUCAGGGGAAUAAACUCUAUAAACAGGGACGCUACCAAGAGGCCACGCAGAAGUACAAGGAGGCCAUCAUCUGCAUAAAGAAUGUGCAGACAAAGGAGAAGGCAUGGGAUGUCCCGUGGCUGAAGCUGGAGAAAAUGGCAAACACUUUGACCCUUAACUACUGCCAGUGUCUGCUCCGUAUGGAGGAGUACUACGAGGUCAUUGAACACACCACGGAUAUCAUCAACCAGCAUCCAGGUCAAGCAAAGGCGUUCUUCUUGCGAGGGAGGGCCCACAGCGAGGUGUGGAAUGAGGCGGAGGCUCGGCAGGAUUUCAGCAGAGUGUUGGACCUGAACCCUGGAAUGAAGAAGGCGGUGAAGAAGGAGCUGGCAGUGCUUGGCAUGCGCAUGGAAGAGAAGAACCAGGAGGACAAGAACAAAUACAAAGGCAUGUUCUGACACUAAACUGACUGCAGAGAAGCAGAGAGGACAUUUCCCUCUUGUCCUGACCUACACCCUCUGAGAGUUGACAAAACAAAUGUCACAUCAGAAACUGAAGUAAAAACUUCCCCUUCUGAGUUGUUUGUGUUUUUGUCAAUUCAGACAGCUUUAGUUGAGUUUGAUUUACAGUUAAAGUGGAUAUUUUAACAGAGAAAUUGAUGUUUGAGUUGUUUUCUUGUAUUGCUAUGAUUGUGAAACUUAAAAAAAUGUUUCAAAAAUAAACAGUUAUAUGUAUGCUGUAUAUGAAUGAACUAAAUAAUGACAUGUUGGUUGUAAAGUUUGCUUAAAAAAUGGUUGAUGCUCAUUUUAAUGUAUAAAAAUUGUGUAAAAUAAAAAUAUAUAAUCAAAGUUAUUGAAUAUUGUUCAUUAACACAAGGAGAAAAGUUAUAGUGCACAAAAUUUAGGGAAAAUGCACCAAUUUGAAAAAAACGUGUGAACAAAAUAGUCAAUUAAACAUUAAUUGGGAGCAUUUUAUACACACAGGUAGAAUAAAAGGAGCAUCCAGAUCUCCAGAAUGAGCUUCAAACUCAGGA